AUGGCACCUCAUUGUUUUUACUGCCAUAAGCUUGGCCACACGAAAGGCAACUGUCCUCGCCUCUCUCAGCAGCGUAUUAAGACUUGUUAUAGCUGUGGGGAUCCAGACUAUUUGAUUAAGGAGUGUCCCAAACGUAACACGGCCACUGUGGGCGAGAAACGCGCCCGCUACGACGAUCUUUUGCCUACCGUACCCACGUCGUCUUCAUCAUUGAAUUUAGGCUCUUCACCCGCUCAGAGCCUCUCAUCACCAACUCUCAUUGUAUCUGCUGUAUCUAAGUCUGUGCACCACUCUGACAUUAAAUCUUCUAAGAUGACAGCCAACAUCCGGAAAAAUAUUAUACGAACUAGAUCAAAGGCAUCUACCACUAUCAUUACUGCAGUUAUCCCUGAGGAGGAUAACAAUUCCGGCGGCCCAGAUUACGUUCCUUCCGAUGAUUAA